CCGCCCAGAAAGAAAUACAUUUCUAAACCUGUAUUCAGAGAAGACCCGCAAUCCAAUCCCAGAAUUCUCUCAACGCAAACCAUGGGGAUUGCAACUAUAACUGUCUCCGCCUCAAGACCGCCGCCGUCGGUCCUAUUCUCAUCCUGUCACUCCAGUUUCUUCACUAACACAACUAGCGUUUCUCUCUUGAACAGAACCAAACCCCAAACCCUAUCUCUUUUUGUGGGUCGACCCGGAAGGAGAAAUGGAGCUGCCACAGUCAGAAAGGGUCUUACUUGCAAUUCUCUUUUCGGUCUUGGUGUGCCUGAGCUGGUUGUUAUUGCUGGAGUGGCUGCUCUGGUUUUUGGACCCAAGAAGUUGCCUGAAGUUGGGAAGAGUAUUGGCAAGACAGUCAAGAGCUUUCAGCAGGCUGCAAAGGAGUUCGAGUCUGAGCUUAAAAAGGAGCCUGAUUCUAUCGCAGAGCCACAAGGAGAGAAACAACCUCCAGCUAUUAGCGAGGAGAAACAAGAUGCAAAUAUUUCAAGCUCUAAGGAUAGCGUAUGAAACUCUGAAAAUAUCACCCUUGAUGUUUAUGUUUUCGAAAGUUCUCCAUUGUAUCAAUGAGCUUAGAACAAACAAGUUAAACAAGUUAAUUAACUCAUGAAGGUAGGUUGGCUACAUACAUUAAUUUUUUUUUCCGGCUACAUACAUGAUUAUUUGAGAUGAUUUAAGUCACCAAAAAAAGAAAAAAGAAAAAAAGAGAACAUGAUUUA